CACUCCGCGACGCCUCGCGCGUACGCACGGCGCCGCACGACCCCUCGAAUCGCGACGCGCGCGAUCGCGAUGUUCGCCGCGACGACGACGCUCGGCGCGACGAAAUUCGUCGUCGCGAAAACCUCGACGUCGACCUCGUCGCGCGCGCGACGAUCGACGCCGCGCGUUCGCGCGCAGAGCGUCCAGGCGCCGGCGCUGAACACGACGCGAUCGAGCGAGAUCUUCAAGGCGGCGCAAGACAUCCUGCCGGGAGGCGUGAACUCGCCCGUGCGCGCGUUCAAGUCGGUGGGCGGGAACCCGAUCGUGUUCGAGCGCGUCAAGGAUGCGUACGCGUUCGACGUGGACGGGAACAAAUACGUCGAUUACGUCGGAUCGUGGGGACCGGCGAUCUGCGGACACGCGAAUGAUCGGGUGAACGAGAAAUUGAAGGCGCAGAUCGAUAAGGGGACGAGCUUCGGGGCGCCGUGUGAGCUCGAGAACGCGCUCGGCGAGAUGGUCAUCGAGCGCGUGCCGAGCGUGGAGAUGGUGCGAUUUUGCAACUCUGGGACGGAGGCGUGCUUGUCCGCGCUGCGCGUGAUGCGGGCGUACACGGGGAGAGACAUGAUCAUUAAGUUCGAAGGGUGCUACCACGGACACGCCGACCCGUUCUUGGUCAAGGCUGGUUCGGGCGUCAUCACGCUCGGGUUGCCGGAUUCGCCGGGCGUGCCGGCGGCGGCGACGGCGACGACGCUGUGCGCGACGUACAACAACCUCGAUGAAGUCAAGGCUUUGUUCGCGGCGAACCCGGGUAAGAUUGCGGGGGUGAUCCUCGAACCCGUGGUCGGGAACAGCGGUUUCAUCGCCCCGGACAAGGAGUUUUUGCAAGGCUUGCGCGAGACGUGCACCAAGGAGGGCGCGGUGCUGUGCUUUGACGAAGUCAUGACUGGGUUCCGCAUCGCCAAGGGCUGCGCGCAAGAGUACUGGGGCGUCACCCCGGAUUUGACCACCAUGGGUAAGGUGAUCGGCGGCGGUAUGCCCGUCGGCGCGUACGGGGGUAAGCGCGAAAUCAUGGACAUGGUCGCCCCGGCGGGUCCGAUGUACCAAGCCGGUACGCUCUCCGGGAACCCGCUCGCCAUGGUUGCUGGCAUCGAAACGUUGAAGAUUCUCGGCGAACCGGGUCAGUACGAAAAGUUGGACAAGCUCACCAAGCGCUUGAUCGAGGGCAUCUUGAAGGCGGGUAAGGACAACGGCCACGCGGUGUGCGGCGGUCACAUCUCGGGCAUGUUUGGUUUCUUCUUCACCGAAGGUCCGGUGAAGAACUUCGCCGACGCGGCGAAGAGCGACACCGAAAAGUUCGGUCGCUGGCACCGUGCCAUGCUCGAAGAAGGUGUCUACUUGGCCCCGUCCCAAUACGAAGCCGGUUUCAUGUCUUUGGCGCACACCGAAGCGGACAUUGACGCCACCAUCGCCGCCGCUCAACGCGCGAUGGCGCGCAUUUAAACGCAUAUUUUGACGAUUUCGAUGACGCGGUGACGCGUCUUCGUAGUCAUCAACAUUUACCACGACGACGACGGCGCAGUCAGCGCACGCACGGCGACGAUCGACGACGAUUACUUUGAUUAACUUGCUCUCAUUGAAAUUUAACAACUCUUCAAGCCGAUU